AUGGCUUCUGAGCACCAAAUGCCAGCCUCCAAGCAGCAGCAAGCCAGCUCCAAGAUUGCCAUCUUCGAGCAGGAGAACUUCCAGGGCCGCUGCCAUGAGCUCAACGGGGCCUGCCCCAACCUGAAGGAAGCCGGCGUGGACAAAGUGGGCUCCAUCCUGGUGCACUCCGGACCCUGGGUGGGCUACGAGCAGGCAAGCUGCAAAGGGGAGCAGUUUGUGUUUGAGAAGGGGGAGUACCCCCGCUGGGACUCCUGGACCAACAGCCGGAGAAGCGACAGCAUCACUUCCCUGAGACCCAUCAAAGUGGACAGCCAGGAGCACAAGAUCGUGCUGUACGAAAACCCCAGCUUCACCGGCAAGAAGAUCGAAAUCAUAGACGACGAUGUGCCCAGCUUCCACGCACACGGCUACCAGGAGAAGGUCUCAUCCGUGCGGGUGCAGAGCGGCACGUGGGUGGGAUAUCAAUACCCUGGCUACCGGGGCUACCAGUACCUGUUUGAAAAGGGGGACUACAAGGACAGCUCAGACUUCGGCGCUCAGCACCCCCAGAUCCAGUCGGUCAGGCGCAUCCGGGACAUGCAGUGGCACCAGCGCGGUGCCUACCACCCCACCAACUAA